AUGAAGCAGAUCGUCGCGGAGCUCGCAGAACUCGACGGUGCGGCGGGUCGGGGAGGCGGGGGAGAGCCAAAUAGCCAAAACCUGGGUCAGAGUUCGGCCGAAUUGAGCCGUGAGACGUUCUUGCGCCUGCGUCGAGCGAUCUGCGAGUUGCCGCCGCGAAUGCGCGACUACGUCACUCUGCGAUUGCAAGGCCUCGACUACCAGGAAAUCGCCACCCGCCUCGACCGAUCCCCACAAACAGUCCGCACACAACUCUUCAUGGCACGGCGCAGGCUGCGUCAGAAACUGGGUAUUGCCGAGGACCUGGAGCCCCGGCGAGCUAGACUCGCCGGCUACCCUGAGAACCGGCCCUCGUCACCCCGCUGCGGUUACAAUGCAGGCUUGCCAGCCACCUUGCCGCCAACCCCGACCGGCAGCCCCCGCCUGCCAGGAGAAGUCAUGAGCCCCAGAGCUGUUGCCGCCGUGCUGCUGUCCUUGGUCAUUCCGGCCGCUAGUGCCCGAGCCGCUGAGACCUGUCAGGUCCCGGGACUCGAUCCCGAGCUGGUACAGCACGCCCGCCAGUUGCUCGACGGCGUGCCGCUGAUCGAUGGCCACAACGACUUGCCCUGGGCGAUCCGCGAGCAGGCCGGCAACCGGCUGCAAGAGAUCGAUCUAGCAGCCGACCUCAGCGCGGUCGAGCAGCCUACCCACACGGACUUGGCGCGCCUCGAGACCGGCGGCUUGGGGGCGCAGUACUGGUCGGUCUACGUGCCGGUGUCUAUGGAGGGCGCUGAUGCGGUGCAGGCGGUGAUCGAGCAGAUCGACGUCGUCCACCGUUUGGCCGAGCACUAUCCCGAGGCUUUCGAGCUGGCUUUUACGGCCGCGGAUGUAGAGCGCAUCCAUGGUGCUGGCAAGGUGGCUUCGAUGAUCGGUAUCGAGGGCGGCCACUCGAUCGGCGACUCGCUGGCGGUGUUGCGGCAGCUCUACGGGCUCGGCGCUCGGUACAUGACGAUCACCCACUGGAAAUACAACAACUGGGCGGACGCGGCGACCAGCGAGCCGAUUCACGGUGGGCUGACUGACUUCGGUCGUGAGGUGAUCCGCGAGAUGAAUCGAUUGGGCAUGCUGGUCGAUCUUUCGCACGUCUCCACGGCGACCAUGAAUGCGGCCCUAGAUGUCGCUGUGGCGCCGGUGAUCUUCUCCCAUUCGUCGGCCCGUGGCCUGGUGUCUCAUCCGCGCAACGUGCCCGACCCGGUGCUGCGCCGGUUACCGGACAACGGUGGUGUGGUGAUGGUGACAUUCGUGCCGAGCUUCGUUUCCGAGGAGCUUCGGCAGCCGCUUUCUACCCUCGCUCAGGUCGCCGACCACAUCGAGCAUGUUCGACAGGUCGCCGGUGUCGAGCACGUCGGCAUAGGUGGCGACUUCGACGGCAUCAGCAGCGUUCCUGUAGGUCUCGAAGAUGUCUCCUGCUAUCCAGCGCUUUUCGCCGAGCUGUUGCGUCGUGGCUGGACCGACGAGGAGCUUCGCCAGCUCGCCGGCCUCAAUCUGUUGCGGGUGAUGCGGCAAGCCGAGACUGCGGCCGGAAUGCUAAGAGCUUCGCGGCGCUCGUCCGACGCGCACCUCGAAGACCUCGAUCACGCAGAGUGA